GGCGGGAAAAAAGAUUAUAGAGCAAAGUGUUUGGAAUCCAAUAGUUAAUUCACCAACCUUGAAAUAUUUUAGCCAAACAAAAUAUUAGUACCAUAAAGUAACUUCAGAGGGGUCGGACGGGUUCAGGUCAACUCAUGUCGGGUAACGGGUCCGGUCAAUUUUUGCUUCGUAAAGUAAAACACGACUCCAAACAGAAAACCUGAAAAAAAAAAAAAAAAAAAGGAAAAAGAAUUUUGCACAUCUCUAGACUCGAGUCCUUCCCCAGUUUGCUUCUUACUCCUAAACACAGAAGCUAAGUCCCUCCACCCUUUGCAUUUUCUACUUUUUAAUUUGCAAAUAGUUGAGUUAAAGGAAAAAGGGGUUUUUAGAUUUUUCUGGGUUUGUCUGGAAAUUGUUAGUUUGGUAGCUGUGGGGGAAGAAUGAAGGGGGGAGGAAGGAAGAAGGUUCAGAACGAUGCGGUGGAAGAGGAGGCUGAGAAGGAAGUGAACAAGAAAGUGGUUUCUGAUGAAAAUGGUAAUGGGGUGAGUGAUUGUAAAGAGAGUGAAGGGAAUGGGGAGAAAUGGAAAGGGGAGGAGGGAGAUGGGGAGGGAGAGGGAGAAGAAGAAGGCGAGGAGGAGGAGGAGGAGGAGGAGGAGGAGGAAGAGGAGGGGGAGGGGGAGGAGGAUGGCGGGGAGAAGGGUGUGGAGGAGGGACAAGAAGAGCGAACCAAGCUCGAUGAGGGGUUCUUCGAGAUUGAAGCUAUUCGUCGGAAAAGGAUACGAAAGGGUCAGCUCCAGUAUCUUAUCAAAUGGCGUGGAUGGGCUGAAACAGCAAACACAUGGGAGCCAUUAGAGAAUCUCCAGUCUUGUUCUGAUGUCAUCGAUGCCUUUGAAGAGAGCCUGCGUUCAGGAAAGCAUACUCGAAAGCGCAAACGCAAGUAUGGAGGUCCUCAUGUACAGUCCAAGAAGAGGCAGCCACGGUCAUACACUGGUGGUGUUUCUGAAGCCAGUUUUGGUGAGAAGUCUUUAGCCUUGGUCCCUUUUGACAAUUCAAGUUUUAGCCAUCUUCCUGCCUCAAAUCAAGUAUCAGUAGCUGGUCAUGUGGGAAAGAAUAAUGGAAAUUUUAAUAUUGUUGGACUGGCCAACCGAGCUAAUGAAAAUGGAUCUUCCAAUGGUUUAAAAAAAACUGAUGAAAGGAGGGAAGGAAAUGAGUAUGAUACAAAACUUAGUGAGCUAAAAGGAGAAGUAUCUUCCAAUGGGGUAAAUGCAGAUAAGCUUUCAUUAAAAUUCCAAGAAGGGAAGGCUUCUGAAGGUGAUGGCCUUGCGAAUGGGCUCCCAAAGGUAUCACAUCAAGAAACAGUUCAAAGUAAUCGUCAGACUGGGGCGAAAAGAAGAAAGUCUGGUUCUGUGAAGAGAUUUAAACAAGAUCCAGCCCUUUCUGAACCAAAUUUGACACAAAAUUCAACACCAAAUAUGACUGUCAGUUAUAGUGUUACAGAUGCAUGGAUAGGGAUUGAAAAUCCUAUUUUAACUGGUGAAAAUUCAAGCUACAAGCCCAAGGUUGAUCAUCCAGUAAACGCAUGCACUAUAACCGAGAUACUAAAGCCAAUAGGAUUUUCAUCUUCAGUAUCAGAUAAUAGUCAAGAUGUGUCAGUAAUCUUUGUGGCAACGAGGUCUGAUGGAAAAGAAGUUAUAGUGGACAACAAAUUCCUCAAAGCUAACAAUCCUAUUCUGUUGAUCAACUUCUAUGAGCAGCAUCUCAAGUACAGUCCUACACCUUGAUUCGACCAAUCUGUGGCAGGACUUUCAUGAUACAAUUGCAUAGUUCCAGAGUAAAGCAGGAUAACAAGUUGAGUCGUAGAUUAAUAGUGCAAAGCGGGUGAUUUAGUGGUAGUUCUCUCACUUUCUCUCUGUGAUUAUUAGACAUUUAUCCAUUUACUGUUAUUGUGUGUUACCUGAUUAUCUAAUAUUGGUUAUUUGGUUACAAGUAUAUACCAUUCAUGACUUCAUAUUGAAAGUUUUUGUUACAUAUAAAUGGUGAAGCUCAUU